AAUCAUAGUCAAGUGAUAUUAGGAAUAUAUCAUUCACUUACAUGUAUGGGUAGAUUGUGUUUGAUGCUUAUGAGAAGAUUACACGAGAGAUGCCACGACUGUGCUUCAGUUCAUAAAUGGCUGUGUUGCAGAGUCCAGAGUUGCAAAGGAUGUGGGAGGAGAGAGAGCGCCUCAUCAUGAGGGUCAACGCUCUCGAGAACUCCAAUGAAGAGUUGCAGCGUGCCAAUGCCUUGCUGGAGAAGGAAGCUGCCCGGCAAAGUCGUGACUGGAAAAAACGCCUGCUGGAUUGCCGCAGCUUAAAGGAGCACGCCGAAGAGUACGCAUAUGAACAGGAGCAGCGGCAUAGCGCCCUUCUUGCCCGCGCCACUGCUGAGGUGGAGGCAGCUCGCAGAGAGCGCGACUACUGGCAGAUGCGCCACGGGCUACUCGAGGAAGCUCUGCAGGAGCGUGAAACUGAGCUGCAGCAACAAGCUGUAAGUUACAUCAACUCUUCUUUUUUUCUUGCUGAAAUGAGUGGCUAUGCCCACCUCUCACCUCCAUUAUUAAAAUAUGAUUAUUGGUCAGCAAGAUUCUUUGUGUUGCAAUUAGUUCACCAACGCAUCAUUCAGAUAGAGAGGGUUGGAUAAAAUUAGGGAAAUGCUUUACAUUCAGACGACAUAAUUUUUAAAGUAAUUUUUCCCAGAGGUAAUUCUU